UUCUUCGAUCAAAGCUUCAAACUUUUUUAAAAACCCUAAUUUGCUUAACCGCUCUCAAUCUGAAACAGCUAGAACCACAGCAACAAUAUGUCGGUUACAGCUGGUGUUAGCGAUACCAUUAUCGCUAUUCGCGAUAAGCUGAGAGGGAAAAUCGGGCAAACGAAGGUCAAGAGGUAUUGGCCUGGUAAGGCUCCGGAGUGGGCAGACGAUGUCGAUGAAGAUGGCGAUAUUCGUAUGGCCAGGUCGGCCGCCUUGGAGAAGGCUUUCCCUAAUCAGCAAGAUUCUGAUCUUGCGGUGAAAGAUGACCCAAGGCUGCGCCGUCUCGCUGAGAUGAGGAUCGAUAAUCGUGAAGAGGUUAGGGCUGAUCACAGGCGUAUUAGGCAAGCCGAGAUUAUUUCUACGGAAUUAGAGGAAGCGAGAAGGCUAGAGGAAUUGGAGGAAGAAGAUGAGGAUGCGUUGGAGGAGAGGAGGAGGAGGAUUAAGGAGAAGAUGCUUCAGAGGGAGCAAGAAGAGGCUGCUCUUCUACCUGAAGAGGAGGAGGAAGAAGUGGAGGAAGAGGAGGAAGGAGAGUCUGAAUAUGAAACUGACUCUGAAGAAGACACAAGAGGUGUAGCAAUGGUGAAGCCUGUGUUUGUGCCAAAGUCUGAGAGAGAUACAAUAGCUGAGCGUGAGCGGCUUGAGGCGGAAGAAAUAGCAAUUGAGGAAUUGGCAAAGAGAAAAUUGGAAGAGAGGAAGUUGGAGACGAGGAAGAUUGUGGUUGAGGAGAUUCAAAAGGAUUCACUGAUACAGAAAAAUUUGGAGAUGGAGGCAAAUGUUGCUGAUGUUGAUACUGAUGACGAUGUCAAUGAAGCAGAGGAGUAUGAAACAUGGAAGACAAGAGAGAUUGCAAGGAUCAAGAAGGAUAGAGAGGAGAGGGAGGCAUUGUUGAAGGAGAAGGAAGAGAUUGAGAGGGUGAGGAACAUGACAGAGGAGGAGAGGAGGGAGUGGGAGAGGAAGAAUCCCAAAGCUGCUCCUCCACCAAAGCAGAAAUGGAGGUUUAUGCAGAAAUACUACCACAAGGGUGCCUUCUUCCAAGACGAGGCUGAUGACCAUGCCGCAACUGUUGGAACUGCUGAUAUUUACCAGCGUGAUUUCUCUGCCCCAACUGGAGAAGAUAAGAUGGACAAGACCAUAUUGCCCAAGGUUAUGCAGGUCAAACACUUUGGUCGUAGUGGAAGGACAAAAUGGACUCACCUUGUCAAUGAGGAUACAACUGAUUGGAACAAUCCGUGGACAUACAAUGAUCCUCUACGGGCUAAAUAUAAUGCGAAAAUGGCUGGGAUGAAUGCACCUAUUGCUAAACCCAAGGGAAGCAAAAAAUUGAAGAAUUGGGAUAACCAAUAAAAGUUUUGAAGAUGGUCACCAGGCGCCAGUUCGAAAAUCUUUCGCGUGAUUAUAUCAAACUGACCAUAAUAUGUUUGGUGAAUUUACGGUAUUCUGCUUACAAUGAUGCAUAUGCAGGCAUGAUUAGGUUUAUCCAUUUGCGUAGUAAGUAUAGGAUUCGCCUUAAUCAUGGUACAUGUGCUUAGAGAUAAAUAAUCCUAUUAUAUCAUUGCCUGUGUCUUUUUGUUCCUCUAUGUGUAAGUGACAUAUGAUCCUGAAGAAAUUUGAAAUUUAGAGAAGGGAUUAUGUAAAGUUAUUCUGUGGGUGCAUAAAUUUGUUUAUUGUAUUCAAUACAGCUCUUUUUUUAUGAGAAGCAUAUUCAAUACAGCUCUUGCAGCCAUUCUAUCAA